UUGACUUGGGCCGGAACAGUCCGGAACGGCAUACCGGUACUUCAAAAAAUACACACCGGAAAAAAACACUUCCCGGUUCGUUGUUUAUGUUUGACGUCACGGCUACCAUAGCUACGGAGAGCUUCAGUUCAUUUAAAGUAGUUAACACCUUUUCAAAUAAUUGUUAGGUAGCUACGGUGAAAUAAUACACAUAUGCUGCUGGUUUGCUAGCAAGAUAAUCCACUCAGCCUGCAUACUAGCCACCGGCAAAUCAUGGGUUUGCUGUCGAUUCUGCGAAGAUUGAAGCACUCUCCAGAACAGGAAGUGCAGUUGCUGUUACUGGGGCUUGACAAUGCUGGCAAGACCACCCUGCUGAAACAGCUGGCCUCAGAAGAUGUCAGACACAUCACCCCUACUCAGGGAUUUAACAUAAAAAGUAUGCAGUCCCAGGGGUUUAAACUAAAUGUUUGGGACAUCGGAGGGCAACGCAAGAUCCGUCCUUACUGGAGGAACUACUUUGAGAACACAGAUGUUCUAAUUUAUGUGAUUGACUGUUCAGAUAGGAAACGCUUCGAAGAAACGGGUCAGGAGUUAGCUGAGUUGAUGGAAGAUGAGAAGUUAAGCAUGGUGCCACUGUUGAUAUUUGCCAACAAGCAGGACGUGAUGACAGCUGCCCCUGCAUCAGAGCUGGCUGAGGGCCUUAAACUGCACACCAUCAGAGACCGGGUUUGGCAAAUCCAGGCCUGCUCGGCAGUCACAGCAGAGGGAGUACAAGAUGGCAUGACGUGGGUUUGCAAGAACAUAGCAGUUCGUAAGAAGUGACGCCAUUCUUAUUCACGAAAACACAGACGAGAUGCCUGCAUUGGAGCUUGGAACAUUAUGCACUUUUUCAAAAGAAGAAAUAAAACAUUACUUUUAAAGAAGAAAUAAACACUACUUGGUAUGUGGGUGCCCACAUGUGUGUAAUGAAACUGGAGCAGAUGAAUAUUCAGUAAAUAUGUUAGAAUACAUUGCCUGUGCUUCUCCUAGAGAAGAACUAGAGGGCACCAUUUCUCUUCUGUUGAUCUAAUUUUAAAGGACAUCGUUUUGCUAACAGGACUCAAAGAUCCUCUCUCCUUGUAUACCAUUUGUACAGUCAUUCAACAGCAUACUCUGCUUCUUAACAAUAUAAAUUAUAACGUGUAUAUAAUGAGUUCAUGUCAUGGGCUUAAUCUAAUCUACAUUAUAUCACAGGCCUAAUCUAGAUUAUGUCAUUAUGUUAUUUUAAGGUGUAAAAUAAAGGCACUAUUCAGUAUCAUC